AAAAAAUCAAAAAAUUAAGUAAGGCCAAAAUGUGCUAAAUUGAAAAAAAAAAUAGUGAAAACAGUGAAAAAAGGCCCAGCUGGUUAAAGAAGCAACCGUCUGCGUGGCCUCAGAGGCAGAGUGAGCCACUGCACACGGAGCAGAAAGGCGUCAGGACUCACGAAGCACGAAUCAUAGACAGAGAAGACAUCUUGGAACGGUUCUCCGACUUUUCACGCGCGUUGAGGGUAGUGGCGCGAGUUUUCCAAUUCUAUCGGAAAAUACAUCCGGUAUUUAAAUUAUUAAAUCAGCACGAAUCUGCGGAAAUUACAGCAGAUGAAAUUCGAGAUGUAAAAACGCGAUUAAUUCCAUUGACCCAAAAGCGUUUUCUUGCGGAUGAAUACGAUGCACUAGCGUCAGCAAACUCAGUGAGCGCUAAGAGCUCCAUUCGCACUCUCAAUCCAUUUCUUGAUAAGAACGGGAUCAUGAGAGUAGGCGUUUGACUAGCGCUAGCGUCGCUAUCAUACAACGAACGAUACCCGACAAUCUUACCGUAUGAUUGCCAAUUUUCUCGACUUCUUGUCAAAUUCUCACACCUGAUUUCAUUACAUGGUGGAAAUCAGCUCAUGCUAAGACUCAUGAGGUCAGAAUAUUGGGUAGUACGGUUAAAGAAUUUAAUAAAAAUGGUUAUUAAUAAUUGUAAAGUUUGUCUCAUUCAUAGGAAAAGGACACGAGAACAAUUAAUGGCUGCGCUUCCACCGGAAAGAACGGAGGUAUCCAGACCCUUUACUAAUACUGGCGUGGAAUUCACGGGCCCGUUUGACAUUAAAAACUACACAGGCCGAGCAUGUCUAAUAACGAAAGGAUACGUCUGCGUAUUUGUGUGUUUCGCUACAAAGGCGAUUCAUCUGGAGGCGACGAGCGACUUAUCGACGUCCACUUAUCUGGCUGCGUUCACGAGAUUUGUAGCAAGACGUGGUUGUCCGCUUCAUAUGUAUUCGGACAAUGGCACGAACUUCGUUGGAGCCAACAAGGUGUCGAAGCAUGAUUUCAGGAAAUUCAUGGCUGAAGCGUCUCAACUCACCAUGCGGUCAUAUGCGCACGAGCAAAUCAACUGGCACUUCAUACCUCCAUGGGCUCCUCACAUGGGAGGAUUAUGGGAGGCAGUAGUGAAGAGCUUCAAAACGCACUUUCGAAGAGUAGCAAGUGCAAUGCGCUUUACAAUGGAGGAAUUUUCGACGUUACUUGCCAAAAUCGAAGCCUGCCUCAACUCUCGUCCAAUUAGUCCACUCCCCGAUAAUCCUGAGUCAAUUGAACCUCUAACCCCGGGACAUUUUCUAAUUGGAAGUCCGCUGCUUGCGAUCGCUGAGCCCGAAAUCAGCGGAAACCCGAUGACAAUUAUCAACCGAUGGCAGAAACUGAAAGCACUUCACUAAGGAUUCUGUCAGCGAUGGAAGAGAUUUUCAACAUGGUACGUGCCAACAACAACAGCAAACAACAACCUAAGGAACAACAUCGGUGCCCUGUAUGCAACCACAAUCAUCGGUUGCUGUUCUGCCGACAGAUGCGUCGACUGGAGCCUGCGGAGAGACUGAGGGCUGUCCUCCUCCAUCGGCAUUGCGCCAACUGCUUGUCUCCGAAUCACAUGGCCAACAACUGUUCAUCCCGGAGGAACUGCGACCGCUGUCAGGAGAGGCACCACAGUCUCCUGCAUCUGUGGGGGACAGAUAGAAGCGAGGUAGACGUGCCGCCGGUCGGAGACGUGAUAGAUCACCGGAGUAAGAGACGGCACUGUCCUUACCGGGCCCAAGCCUUACCAGAUGACUCUAGCAAUGACGAGGUUCUGGAGAUCGACGCCAGUGACGAUGAAGUGCUGGAACAACCUCCAAAUGAACAGGCCAACACACCAAACCCCCCGUUACUCAGACCGCCUCUGUCGAGUGUACGGUUCGUGGUUCAGCGGUCACACCCACCAUCGGAAGAUAGAAGUGUCUCAUCAAGCAGGCGUAACAACAAAUUACAAAGGCGACCUCGGGCGGUGAGAGACGCCCGCGAGCGAAUCAAAGGACCCGCUCGGAGUGCAUUGGGCAUGUCUGUCCUGACGCCAACUGUGAUGGUGAGUGUUGUGGCAAGUGGCCGAGGACACCCGGUCCGUGCCCUGAUCGACCCAGGGCAAUCGAGGUCGUCGAUAUCCAGAACUCUGGCGAGACGACUGCACCUGCUGCCACGCGAAUAUGCAGAAAGCAUAGACAUAACAUUGAAAGGUUGGCGGGAUCGGAUUAGUCUGACCGCGAGUAUCCGUCGAUAAGUCAAAAUUCUUUCAAGAAAGUGUCCAGUUCCUGUGCUUUACAGUAUCUAAAGACGGUAUCAAGGCAUGCCUCGAUAAAGCCAGGAACAUUUUAGACUUCGCUGUCACCAAAUCCUUGAGAGUCUUACGAUCAUUCUUGGGGUUAGCUCGCUAUUACAGACGGUUCGUAAAAGACUAUGCUGCGAUUACAAACACCCGAACAAAAUACUCACGAAGAGAAAAUGGGAAAUAGAAAUAACUUUAGCACGUUUGGUAAAGUUAAGAAAAUUCUUGCAUCAGAAGAUGAACUGCUCCUUCACCCUGACUACGAACAACCCUUUGACCUGACGGACGCCUUUUCACAUGCCAUAGGCGUCGUUUUGUCACAAAAUGGUAGACCUAUCACCAUGAUCUCGAGAACUCUGUCCGGGAAAAAGUUUUUGUAAAGACCAAAGAGAAUUGGAAAUAAAUUCACUAAACUUUACAUCGAAAAAAUAGUCCAGUGCAAUUUGGAUACCUAUGUUUUUAUCGAUGGACGUAAAGUUCACAAAAUUACCUUAGGGUAACUCUGCUCUUGAUAAUAUGCCAUUGGGCUAACGCAAGGAGUUUUAACUAUACCAUACCCCCAUGAGGAUUUUAAAUUUUUACUCCACAAGACAAACUUGUCGAAAUUCGAGGUGAUAGCCGAAGAGACGGACACAAUAUUAGAGAAAUUCUCACUUUCUCAUGCCAGGUAACUGCUCCGAAAGACGCUGACGAAAUAUCAAGAGUGCAAGAUGCGGUCAGGAUACAUCACCGACACAAGCGGGGCAUCGACAUUAGUCAACACUAGAAAUAGAGCGGUAAUAAUGCAAUUAAAAAUCAUCAGUAGCUCUAGCAAAAGAAAAUAUUAAUAACCCCAUUCUGCUUAAUGACAUGGAAAUGUAUUAGCUUCUGAGCUCUCUACAGAUACUAGUAUAACUGACAUACUUUCUGUUUCUAAAUUUAAGAUAUUCCAAAAUACACAGUUUAUUUAUUUCAUUAUUAAAUACCCGAAAAUAGCUGUAAUUCGAAAUAACGUAAAGUUGCUGCCCGCAAUCCAGGAAAUAAUCUUCUCCUUAGAAACGAGUCUUAUGGCUGAAUGCAACAGAAAAUACAACCUACUUUUUAAUUGCAAGGAGUCCAUAAUACCAAACUUGUGCCAGCCUUCGAAAGAAAGCCCCUGUGUACGACAACUACUGAACCAACGCUAUGCAAAUUGCAAAUCCAAAAUCCAAAUCCACCGAUCAGGAGCCCGCCAUUUCGGAAAUCUAUGACGGCGUAAUUCUAAUUAAUGACCAGCGCGCUAUAAUACAAAACGAAAAUUUGACAAGAUUGGCUAGAGAAACCUUUUUGAUAACAUUCAAAGGUGAUAUUACGAUAAACUCCACUAUUUAUAGCAACUAAAAUGAAGUAAUGCGUGCACAUCCCGAGGCGGUACCCAUACAAACCGAACAUAUUGAGCAAUUGUUACUUCCACACCUAAAAAGGACAUAGCUCACCUACGGAAUCUUCCAUACAAUCGAGAAGCGCCUUGCUCCUAAUCGUAUUAGCCAUAACUAUGGACAUAACAAUACUACUGUGGGGACGACGAAAAAAUAUGGUAGUAGUAGGAGAAUAGUUAACACAGGUAUCCAAUCAUCCGACCAAAAUAUCGCUUCAACGGA